CCCCCAGUGGUGCGGCACGUUGCGACAGUGGUUUAGAAAGAACGACCAAAAACGCGAUAAAAAGGAAAUUUUAGACCAUUAUAGUUGGUGGAUUGGAACCAGAAACGUUUCCAGAAUGUACGGGGGUGAAGACUACCAAGACUAUGACCAGUAUGGCCAACAUCCAUACGGCCCUCCAGAACCAUAUGAACUGCACACAGGUGACCCGCGUGCUGACCUGGAGUACGAGCGUCAGUACCAGCAGGCUCCGCCCGCGUAUAUCGUACCUGACGUCAUCAAACGCUUCAUCGAGUACUUCCACAAGUGUGUAGGCGAUGGCAACGUCUACGAAAUAGGCAACAUCUAUGAAAACAGCUUCAACAAACUGACAGAGAGGUUCUUCAAGACAUCCUCCUGGCCCGAGGCUGAGUACAUCAUGCCGUUAGUAAAAAAUGACAAUGUGUUCCUGAUUCUGUACAAGGAGCUGUACUUCAGGCAUAUCUAUGCCAAGGUUCAGGGUGGACCAAACUUGGAGCAGAGGUUUGAGUCCUACUACAACUACUGCAACUUGUUUAACUACAUCCUCAACCAGAAGUCUCCGGUACCAUUAGAGCUGCCCAACCAGUGGCUGUGGGACAUCAUUGAUGAGUUUAUUUACCAGUUCCAGUCCUUCACACACUACCGCAGCAAACUCAGCAAGAAGGGCGACGAUGAGAUCAUGAUCCUACGCUCAAACCCCAAGAUCUGGAACGUGCACAGUGUGCUGAAUGUGUUACACUCGCUGGUGGACAAGUCCAGCAUCAACAGGCAACUGGAGGUCUUCAGCAGUGGAGGUGACCCAGACAGUGUAGCGGGAGAUUUUGGUCGUCACUCGCUGUAUAAGAUGCUGGGUUACUUCAGUCUGGUGGGCCUGCUGAGGCUCCACUCCCUGUUAGGGGACUACUACCAGGCCAUCAGGGUCCUGGAGAACAUCGACCUCAACAAACAGGGUUUGUACUCCCGAGUGCCGUCGUGCCAGAUCAGUAUGUACUACUACGUUGGGUUUGCGUACAUGAUGAUGCGGCGCUACCAGGACGCCAUACGCACCUUCACCAGUAUCCUCCUGUACAUCCAGCGCACCAAGACCAUGUUCCAACGCCAGAGCUACACUUUUGACAUGAUUAUGAAGCAGAAUGAGCAGAUGUUUAACCUCCUGGCAGUCUGCCUGACCCUGUACCCCAUGCGUAUCGAUGAGAGUGUCCACUCCCAGCUGAGAGAGAAGUGUGGGGAGAAGAUGAUCAGGAUGCAGAAAGGGGACAUGCAGGCCUUUGAGGACAGUUUCUCCUUUGCCUGCCCAAAGUUCCUGUCUCCAGUGGCUCCAAACUAUGAAGCACCACCAGCAAACUACCACAAGGAGGCGUUCAUGGCCCAGCUGAAGGUGUUUAUAGAUGAGGUCCAGCAGCAGAUCGCCCUCCCCGUGGUGCGCAGCUACCUUAAACUCUACACCACCAUGCCUGUCUCCAAACUCGCUGGGUUUCUCGACAUGACUGAAGAGGAGUUCCGUACUCACCUGCUCUGCUUCAAACACAAGAUGAGCAACGUCACGUCCUCCAAGGGCACCGGGGGUCUGGAUGGGGAGUUCCAGUCUGCCUCUGAGGUCGAUUUCUUCAUCGACAAGGACAUGGUUCACAUAGCAGACACGAAGGUCGCCCGCCGCUACGGUGACUUCUUCAUCAGGCAGAUUCAUAAGUUCGAGGAGAUGAAGAGGAGCUUUGGAGAGCUUCAAACCAAGAGCUGAUCAUCUGGAAAUGCCAACCAGUAAAUUAUAGUCUUCAGCAAUGUGUGACAGUCCUUCUUUUGAAAAGAUGUCAGCCUUUGGUGUGGUGUGAUUUCUCUCUGUUUCAGUGAGUGCCAGCUACCCUGGA